CUCUCCCCUCAAAUUUCAAACCCCUCUCUCUCCUCUCUCUCAAACAAACAAAACCUUCUUCAUCUCCUCACUCAUCAGCCCUAGCUUUCUGCUUGAUUGCUUCUCAGAGUAAUAUUACCCACAAGCAAUCAAUCAAUCUGGAAAAUAAUGGGUGGAUGCUUGUCGUCAGUGAUCAGGAGUAGUCAUAAUGAAGAGCUUCUGCUCAAUUCGCCCACCGCCAAAGUUAUCUCCAUCAAUGGAAGUCUCCGCGAAUGCCCAGUUCCCGUGAUUGUCUCCCAAGUCCUCGAGGCUGUCCAAACGGCAUCCUCUUCCUCUUCGUCGUCGUUUAUAUGCAAUUCAGACCGUUUGUAUUACGACAACUACAUCCCGGUUUUGGAUUCCGAAGAUGAACUUGAGGCCGAUCAGAUCUACUUCAUACUCCCGAGAUCGAAGCUCGAACACCGCCUCAGCGCCACCGAUAUGGCGGCCUUGGCUGUGAGAGCCAGCCUCGCCUUCCAAAAUGCCUCUUCCUCUUCUUCUAGUUACAAGACCAAGGAGAAGAAAAAGGACCUUCAUCCUCGCCGUAAUAACAACAAGGCCCGCAUUUCUCCCGUUCUGAUUAAUUAUACAAACUCCGACGUGGACAGAGAUGACUUCAAUGAAAUUACCAUCGGAGCCUCGGCCUACAAAGGGCAGAUGAGCCAGAAGCAGCAGAUUUCGAGAUCUAAGUCGGUUAGGAAAUUGCAGAGAUACACAUCCAAAAGGGCCAAGAUGGCCGUCCGAUCUUUCAGACUUAGAUUGACGACCAUAGACGAAGGCUCCGUCCUCUGAAUCUCUGAGUUGCAACCCCAACAAACAAUUAUAUUCCGGCUUCCGACGUGUUUUUAUGUCAUGUUGUUGUGUAGAAAUACAAUCAGACAAAUUUACAGAAUUACAUUUUAUUUAUUAUGCUACUCCUUUCAUUUUCUUUUUUCUUUGUUUCUUGUAUUUUAAAUUUAUAAUUAAGAAGAGGACAUAUGUACAUAUAAAUACUACCCAGAGUGUGUGCGAUUUUAGUAUGUUGUCGCCCAUUUCAAUAGGAAAGUUUCUAAUUAAAAAAAUACUACACGAAUAUUUUCGGUCUUGGCUUUCUUCA